AUGAACAAUGCCCAGCAGCUGGUGUUGCUCUCCGCUACGCGAGACAGGUGGAAGCCCGUGAAGGUCAUGAUGGACUACGGCUGCGAUGUGAGUGGCAGCAGUGGUGAGUCAGCAGUGCUGCUGGCAGCAUCCAGAGGGAAUUGGAAUGAAGUCAUCCGCUUCUUGGAGCGAGGCGUCGCCAUCGACUCACCAGCGGCCAUUUGGGCCUUUGGCCAAGCAGCCAAGACCAACCGGCCGGACAUUUUGGAGAAGUUGAUCCAGAUGGGUUUGUCGAUGGACAGCUGGGGAAGUACCAAGGCAUUUCUGGAUGCAGCGGCUGGUGGACAUGUGGACGUUCUGCGUUCUUUGGUCUCGCAUGGAGCGUUAUUGACAUCCUGGGUGGCGCAGGAAGCUUUACUGGCGGCCACCAAGAAGGAACACGGCGAGGUGAUGCGUUACCUGGUGGAGAGCAGAGUGGACGUGACCGGAGAGCUGGGAGAUGUGCUCUUGGAAACUGCUGCACCUGGGAUUUUACGGAGAAACUCCAAGGCUGCUCGAAAUGACGUGUACCUGUUGCAGAUUCUGCUGAACCAGGGAGCAGACUUCGUGUGGUCCGGUGAAAACGCUUUGGCUGCUGCGGGACGCUGCAAGAGUUGGGAGGCGCUUCACUUCAUGGUGCUGGCGCAAGUGACGUUGGAGACCUGGGCGGCGCAAGUGGCUUUCCUGGGGGCCUUGGAUGGAAACCACCUUCCAUCCCUCCGCGUCCUGGAGAACGCUGGCUUCAACUUCCGUUCGGAACGCUCCGACAUUACCAUCGAGAAUGCCAACGUCACCGAUCCCUAUGUGCAGCAAUUUCUGGCGGAUGCCCGUGCUCGGCGCCUGGAGAAGAACCUGUCGCAGGUGUCGCAGGUCCUGGUGAGCCACGCAGAAACGGCCUUCGCCGCGGCGCGGCGCGGCAGCCAACUCGUGGCGGAGGCUCUACGGAAACACAUGGAACUGCUGGAAGAGCAGACCUUUCUCGUAGCUCGAGCACUUGCUGAACACGUCACAGAUGUGGCCACAAGCGGGGACGUGGUGGCUUCUGCGUUGGCGCAGCACUUGCUGUGUCCGAUCAACGAGACCGAGCAAGAAGUGGCUACAGCCCUGGCGCAACACAUGUUGGCAGAGGGGGAGUGUGAUGGUGUCCUUCCACCGGGCAGAACACCUUCGUCCUGUGCCCUGGCGGGGACCAGUUGGGAUGAGGUAGCCGCAGUUCUCGUUCUCGGGACAUCCAUAGCACCGGAGAUUCCAGUGCGCAAGACUCUUGCGACGCACGACCUGCCUCCGGAGGUAGCAGACCAAGCAGACCCACGAGUGGUUCAAAGAGUUGUCGGGACGUGCACAGUGCGGGCGGGUCCAGUGCAGGCGAUAGCCAGGUUCUUCCAUGCCAUGGAGCAGCGCUCAGCAACGCCUUCCGAAGGCCCCCAGGGCCCCCAGCCUCCGCCCGAGCGCCCGCGUGGUGCCAGCGGUGCGGAGUUUCUGUUGGUCUCGCGGGCCUUGGCGGAGCAUGUGCUAAGUCACGCUGGAGACGGAUCGACAGACGCGGCGCUGGCGUCGCAUGUGGUGUCUCUGUAUGACGAUCAGAUGGAGGUCGCUAGGGUGUCUCGGAGGAUGAACGAUAUGUGGUGCCCAAUGGGGAGACAAUGUGGUGCCCAAUAUAUAGUACAUAUAUAA